AUGCAUCUGAAUUGCUCGGAUCCGCGAUCAUAUCCAAGGGCUGUGAUGAGCUCUUCGGCUUAUCUGACCUCCAUUUGCUAUUGUAUUUGCUUUUGCAUUGCAUUUGUUGGCAAUUUCACUAUGUUCAUCAUUCUGGUUAGAAAUCAAGUGGUAAAAGUACGACGUGUACAUACACUCCUUCUACAUAUGAAUGUUGCACAUCUUGUCGUAACUCUUAUUUAUAUGCCCAAAGAGAUAAUCCAUAAUAUAACAGUGGCAUGGUGGGGUGGCGAUUUGCUGUGUCGUUCGUGUAAAUUCUUUGACAAUUUUGGUAAUGCGUUAUCAGCCAAUAUUUUGAUUUGCAUCAGUUUGGAUCGGUUUUAUUCCAUAUUUUCACCACUCUACACACUGAAUGCCAAGCGAUCAGUGCAACGAAUGGUUGUCGUUGCAUGGUUUAUCAGUCUUCUCACCAGUUUACCAUCAGUGUAUUUAAUACCUUUGUUCUUCAUUGUUGCUUGUUAUUCACUAAUUCUUCACAAGAUUUCCUCUAAAGCCAGAUCCAGCCCAUCAUGCAAAUCAGACACAUCAACACUACGUCGAUCUGGUGAAGCAACCUUAGAACGUGCUAAAAGUCGUACGUUAAGAAUGACUUUUGUUAUUGUAUCUGCGUUUCUGCUUUGUUGGACACCAUAUGCAGCGGCCUCAUUUAUUCAUUUCACCUAUCACCCAAGUCCGAUUCCACCCCUCAUUCGUAAACUCAUCUAUGCAUUCGCCGUAUUCAAUUCAGCAAUUUCACCUUAUCUUUAUGGUUAUUUCUCAUUCGAUCUCAAAAAGGAAUUAAUGCUCCUAUGGAAAUGUUCCACCAGCGAAUUAUCAGAUAAACAGUUAUCGAUCUCCAACUUUGCUGCUAACAGGCAUCAACAUACGACAACGAAACGAAAACGAAGUUUGGACGAUACUCUAUUGGAUAUAUCUGAAGAAAGAACAAUGUUGAUGAACGAAAGGCGUGAUGCCAUCAAGAAAGAAAACCCAGAAACUUCUUGA